GCCAGCGCCGUUUCCAGUUGAGAGAUGGCGGCCGCCGCAGGUAGAUCGCUCCUGCUGCUGCUCUGCUCCCGGGGCGGCGGCGGGGGCGCCGGCGGCUGCGGAGCGCUGACUGCCGGCUGCUUUCCCGGGCUGGGCGUCAGCCGCCAGCGGCCGCACCAGCAGCACCGGACGGCACACCAGAGGCCGGCGUCCUGGCAGAGCGUGGGCGCUGCAUAUUGCAGUACGGUUGUGCCCUCUGAUGACGUGACGGUGGUUUAUCAAAAUGGUUUACCGGUGAUAUCUGUGAGGCUACCUUCUCGGCGCGAACGCUGCCAGUUCACACUCAAGCCUAUCUCGGACUCCGUCGGGGUGUUUCUACGACAACUGCAAGAGGAGGAUCGGGGAAUCGACCGCGUCGCCAUCUACUCCCCAGAUGGUGUUCGAGUUGCUGCCUCCACGGGGAUAGACCUCCUGCUCCUCGAUGACUUUAAGCUUGUCAUUAAUGACUUAACAUACCACGUACGGCCACCAAAGAGAGACCUCCUGAGCCAUGAAAACGCAGAGACCCUGAACGAUGUGAAGACCCUGGUCCAGCAGCUCUACACCACACUGUGCAUUGAGCAGCAUCAGCUUAAUAAGGAGCGGGAGCUCGUGGAGAGGUUAGAGGACCUCAGACAGCAGCUGGCCCCCCUGGAGAAGGUACGGAUUGAAAUUAGCAGGAAAGCGGAGAAGAGGACCACUCUGGUGCUAUGGGGAGGCCUUGCCUACAUGGCCACACAGUUUGGCAUUUUGGCCCGGCUUACCUGGUGGGAAUACUCCUGGGACAUCAUGGAACCGGUCACCUACUUCAUCACGUAUGGAAGCGCCAUGGCCAUGUAUGCGUAUUUUGUAAUGACGCGCCAGGAAUAUGUUUAUCCUGAAGCCAGAGACAGACAAUACUUAUUAUUUUUCCAUAAAGGAGCCAAAAAGUCUCGUUUUGACCUAGAGAAAUACAAUCAACUCAAGGAUGCAAUUGCUCAGGCAGAAAUGGAUCUUAAGAGACUGAGAGACCCGCUACAAGUACAUCUGCCCCUCCGACAGAUCGGAGAAAAGGAAUGAUGAGAGAUGAGCGUGAAUCCCGGCAGACAGCGCCCCUGUUUGUAACUCACGCCUUUUUAAUUAAAGCAUGGCAGGUGGAAGCUGGGGCCGUGUGGGGGUAGAGGGUUUUUACCUUUAAUUCUAAAAACAAAACACAAAAAGGAUCUUAGGGAAAAAGGGAUCUUAAAUGCCGAGGAUCAGGCUUCCUGGAAUCCAAGUGCAAAGGGCUUAGCGAAUCUCGUCUUGAGCACCCGAUUCUGGGUGAGAGUGAUGACGUCACAGCUCGAGGGGGUGCUGGGUUUGCUUCGUGCAUCUUUGCAGGGUGUGCAAAACACGAACACACCAGCACCCCACUCAGCUCUAGAUUUUGUUUUUUUUUUUUAAUUUAAAGUUUCUUAUUUUUGACAUAGGAAUAUAUAAGUAGAUAAGAAAAUCAAAUCUUCUGAUGCGUGAUUGGCAGAGUCUGAGCCGGUGCGGUUAGCCUGCAUUUUAAGCUGGCCCCAGUCUCUGCGGUUACCGACUGUCUCCGUCCUGCACCCUUUCCUGACCACCCACCUACUCCUGGGAUUGGUCGGUUACACUGCUUUUGCCCACGUAAUCAUUGGAAUUAAUUUAUAAUUGUUUGAUAAUUGACACUUAGAUUAUCUCUUAAUGAGAUCUCAUGUCUGUCUCCUGGGCUCCGAAUCACUGUCUAGAAGUCAGUGGCAGUACUGCAUGAGGGUUUUUUUGUAUUUUGGGUUUUUUUUUGUUUUGUUUUGUUUUGUUUUUUACUAAGUAGUCUUGAGAGGAGGAGGAGAUCCCUUCCUUCCUACACCGACCCCGUUGAUAACCCUCGCCUCCUGCAUACCACGGAUCAGGCCAGCGCUCAUCCCUGUUCCCAAAGGAGGAGGAUGUAAGGUUUACAGAUCAGCUAAAGACGGCUCCUCGGCCUCUCAGAACCAGGAUGCUCUCUGGUCACCAGACACAGCUUCCUCACCAUCACGCGCCCUCACAGCUCGACCACCCCAGUUGCUGUAAAUCAAGGGCAGAUCUCAAAGGGUGCAGCUCUCUUUUUACCCAGAAUACCUUUCUAUGGCUUCCUGUAGCCUGUCCUCUCCACCCUGUUUCUUUUUCUCUUAGCGAGAGACAGAACUACUCUUACACUCUUAUCAGAGUGAUUUCUACCAUCUUACCAGACGGCACCUGCGCUCGAAGUCAAAGCGCUCUGCCUAGCGUCCUGUUUUUAACUGUUCUGGGGACAGGAUGGCGGUGAGGACGGGGGGGGCUUGCCGCACAGCUGGCUGGGUGUUUGGUUUUCUUUUUUCCCUUCACAUGAUUCACCCCUCCUCAUGGGACAAGGGGUUUCUUUUGCCUCCUCUUUUUGGGAUCAUUGUGUAUGAAAGAAAACCUUCAGAGGACAAACCCAGAUUCCAGGUGCCUUGCAGGGUUGAAGGCCAGCCGGGCCACUGCUCCCACCACCAGCUGUCACCGGCCUGUGAGUGAGAGGACGCAUGUCUCAGUCCCCAGCCCGCCUCCUCCUUCCUUCCUGGUGUUCAACCUCUCUAUUCUUUUCCUCGUGUAGAUUGUGUUUAAGCCAUCUAUCCUGUUUGUGUGCAGGGUUCUUAAGAAGGAAUGGCACAGUGCAAUGAGCAAAUCAUCUGGGUGGUGUGGGAGGCAGGGGGGGCAAGCAAGAUGUGGAACACGUGUACAAUCCUGUAUCAUUUAUGAAAUAUGUAUAAAAAGCAAUGUACCUUCUGGAACAAUAAAUACUUAUUCAAUUUUUGAA